UUGUGAUCGCGAUAGAUACUCGUAGAGAGCGGAGACUCUGAAUAUGUAUUAUAAUUAUCAAAUAAAGCCCUCUCGAUGUUUGUUCGUUACGCUUAUUUGCGACUUGAUGAUGUUUUUCUCGCGUUAAUUUUCGAUCGCCGUAUAGUAAAAUGCGCGUCAUGUACGAUUAACAUCGCGAAUGACUGUUGAGUGAACUCUAUGAAAAGACAAGACAAGAACGAUUAAGGAAGGAUUAAGAAAGAAGGAGCAGGAGGAGGCCUCGGACGAUGAACGGGAAGCAUCGGACGUCGACGAAGCAACUCAGGGGGCCGUCCGGACUCCCGGAGCGGACGCUCUCCCGAGGCAGCCGAAGUCGGCCGUUGACAGUGACAUCAUGGAGUGAUUCGAUCGACUUCGCAGCAGAUACCGAAAUGGACGCCGAGGCAGCGUUGCUGGAAAACUCGCCGACUUUGUCGACGAUCUCGUCGGAUUCUACGGAUGCGACGUACUCGCCCGGACCCGGUUCGCCCUAUUCCCCGGAAUCGCCAAUCAUCGUCACAUCCUCCUAUAAAAAAAAACGUGACGAUGAAGUCACGCCCAGACCAACGCCCAGAUAUCCACUGCCAUCCAGGAAGCCGAGCUUCCGGAUACGACCGCCCUACCUCAUGAUCUGCAUCAGUAUCAUCGAGAUAACCGUCCACUGCCUGGGAGACGAAGCGACGUUGCGGAGAUGGCUGGUCUACGAUCCCCGUCAGAGGGUGCAGGGCUGGAGGUUUGCCUCCUACAUGUUGCUUCACUCGAACGCACUUCACCUCGCACUCAACGUGGUCAUUCAGCUGGUCCUGGCUACUCCACUCGAGGUGGAGCAAGGACGAAUAGGAGUGGCGACAAUCUACCUGGGCGGCGGAGUCUGCGGCGCUCUGGGAGCGUCGCUUCUGCAACCUAGUCUUUACCUGGUCGGCGCUUCGGCAGGUGUUUACGCGCUGCUUACGAGUCAUCUCGCUCACCUCUACCUGUGUCACGGCGAGCUGCGCUACGCCGGCUGGCGUCUCGGGGCCGUCUUGCUGCUGGCCGGCGCGGACGUCGCGUCGCUGCCCAUCCCGGCUCUGCUAGGAUGCGGCCGGGUCGGCUGGGCGGCGCACGUCGCGGGCGCGCUGGCGGGCCCGCUUCUGGGCCUGGCCGUGUUCCCGAAUCAGAGCAAGAAGGACGCCCGGGGCCGCAGGUUCGUGCGGUACGUGCGGCUGCUGUCGGCCGUGAGCGUGAUGCUGCUGAUCGUCGGCGCCAUCCUCGGCAACGUCUACCUGAUCGCCCUGCCGCAGCUCAGGAAGCCGUCCUGACAGAGGAUCGAGAUGCUCGUCAAGCUCUGCAGGCGGUCCUUCCUGAUCGUGAAGAUCCGGGAGGCCGCCGAGAGCGUGUUCGAGUAGGCCCGUGCGGGCUCCGCGCGGGAUCCGCGCGAUCGAUCGCGUAACUGCCGGUGGACCUUUCCACUCCUUACCUCUCAGAUCUCACGUGAAUCUCGUGCAAUCCAAUCUCCAUCAUCUAUUAGACACGAAAAAAAUCAGGCUGAAACGACGCGCGAUCGUGACUCUAGGUAAUCCCCGUGAAAAUACGUUCACGUUUCAUUCCAGAGGGGAAGAUCGUGUGAUCGGUAUACUGAUUGUGAGGCGUUUGUGAAGGAACUUGAGCGAGCAUUGCGCUCGGUGAGUCGGUAGGAGGAAAACACCGAGGAUUCGCGAAUGUUCGUCGAAUAUUGGUUCGUGCUACUCGCUGCCAUUAGAAUUUCUAGAAUCUCGACGACUCGUUAGACGAAAUAUGCGGUAGAAUCGUGCAAGUACUCGAAGGCGACUCUGCGCGCCCGAUACUUUGAUAAAUUUGAUAUUACGAACAUUGGUGAACGUUGUGACUUUUUCUACGGAGAUAAGAUGUUUAAAACUGCCGACUACCACCCUGCCGAUAGAAUCGGAUUGUACAUGUAACCAUUUAACAAUUCUGAUUUCUCGUUAUAUCGAUCUCGGCGAAUAAGAUGAAUUACGAAAGUGUGAAAUGUGUGUAGUACAAUAAAGGUAAGAAAAAAUUUUCCCGUAAAAAAAAAAAAACAAUGUGUGAGGUUGAAGCGACAAUGCGUUGACGGUGCGAUGUAAAUCAGUCCAGCAGUGGCAAAUGAUUAUUGUAGAAUGUGAAAAGUAAUUUAUUUAAAUAAACGCGCAGAAAGAUAUUGUUAUGGUUCGCGUGGUAAAAACCGCAAUUUCGAGUACGUUAAAGCUAGCACGUCGCAAUGUUGAAGAUAAUGGGAUGAUACCUUCAUUCUUUCAAUUAUUCAUAUUAACAAUUUAGCGUGUACGAGAUGUGUAAGAUGAUGUAUAAAAUAAAAGCGAUCAUAUUACUACCGUAAAUGUGUUACGAUAUAACGAAAAUUUUAAUAAUGGCAAGAUAAAUGUAUCGAUCGUUAAUAAAGCAAAGUUUAAACAAUGUGCGACUGAUCUCGAGCUGCGAAAGCAUAUAAAUUCUCCGUACAAACUAAUUCGGUGUUGUAGAAAUAACAUCCUAAUCCCGAGUCAUCUUUCGACGUUAUCAUAUAGAGCGAGAAGGUAACGAAAUAAUUACGGAAUCCAAAUUGAAUUCCUCUUCACGUUAAGCCAGAGUCCUGCCAUGUUUUCCGAUAAGUGUGCAAGAGAUCUUUUAUAGCGUAAUUAUAUAGCGCAAAGAUAAUCGCAUUUCUAUUUACAAAGCUGUAAGACUUGCGAGAAAUAUUUAUAGCGUAGCGUAGCGUCUUUACUCACGAUAUGCGGUAUUUGUUAAGAGAGUUCGUGUGCGUAUACAUCAAUUUUCGAUCCGGCUUGUUGUUUCUCUCUGCUUCAAUUUAUCAUAGCUAACGAUCGACGCGACGCGACGCGUCGAACGGUAACAUAAAUUAUCGUUAUUACAACUUGAAUUAACAGCUCGGUUAAACUUAUGCUCAUCAGAAUUCUCUAAUAAACAAUUAGACGAAGGUAAGGAGCUUGAAAUGACGAUUGUAGUUCGCUUCACAAAAUGUCUAAGCGAUUUAACCGAUAGCUUCUAUAUACUUAAUUUGAAUAUAUCCCUAGUCACUUUUAAAGUUUGUUAAUAUCUGAGAAGCCGUUAAGAAAAUUCCAUUUCGCGGUGACGCGCGGGCAGAGAAAUAUUAGUGCCGAAAUAAAUUAAUAAUCGUGCGUAACGCGCAAGCAUGUAACGAUAUAUAGAGCAUAAUGCCGUAUGUGAGACAAAGUAAUGUGUUCUCCCGGACAGUUAAUCGUAUAUCGUAUACUCGUAUACCUACUUGUUUAUUAAUGUUACAUGAGACGAACUGGCUGUGAUUAUGUUAGUGUUAUCGUCGACAUGAUUACACAUUACUAAAUCUUGUAAAUAUAAAUUAUUAAAUAUAAAUAUAUGAUUACACACAA